AUGCAACAACAGCAACAACAAGGUGAGAAUGUGAUCAUAUCAGCAUAUCCACCUCCACCUCCAUUCUACAAGUUGUACUUGAACUAUCAACAUCAACAUCAACAAUCACAACAACAACAACAGUCAUCAUCAGCAACAUCAACACCAGGUCUAAACCCUAUAUCACUCAAUAGCAAUAGCAAUAACAAUGAUAAACAACUAUUCACUCCACCUGCAUCAAAGUCCCCAACUUUGGCGGCCACAACAACAACAACAACUACAACAUCAACUACAAGUCCUACGAAUGUUACAAAGACCUUGCAACCUCUGCCACCACCACUGCCGCCUAAACAAGGCUCUACAUACUCAAUGUUUGGACAACCUUAUGCCACGACUGAUGUGUUGCCAAGUUUGAGCGAGCAGGGUGUUCAGCAGUUGUAUCCAGACGACUCCAUCUCCCCAAUCAAAGAGCUAAAGAAACUGAACCGUUCAAUACUAUUCAACUAUCUUCAGUUGCUCGAGACACUUGUCGAGAAUCCCCAAGAGUACAAGAAGAAAGUGGAUGACAUAUCAUUGCUAUUCAUCAACUUCCACCAUCUACUAAACAGCUAUCGACCACAUCAAGCUCGCGAGACCCUCAUCUCAAUAAUGAGUGAACAACUCAAACAAAAGAGAGAGUCAAUAUCCAAGAUCAACAGUACACUGGAAUCAUGUAAAGUUAUAUUCAAUCAAUCAUUACAGUCGAUCAAUACGGAGGAGAUUGAAAGGUUACGACAGAGACUUCAACAGGAUGUUCAACAACUUCAACAUAAUACUACUUCACCAUCAUUACCAUCUUCAUCAUCAUCAUCAACUACAACUACAACAACAACAACCACAACAACAAGUACAUCAGCAUUCAAACAAUUACCAUUGACACCUAAAUCACCGAUUAUACUUAACUCAAUGUCGUCAUCGUCUGUACCAGCUGGACAAUCCCAAUCAAACAAGGUCAAUUGGAAAGAGGAGUACCUAAGUUAUCUCUCAAACAUUCCAAAAGAUCAUCAAGACGACUUGAAUGAAUGA